UUGGGACUAUAAUUGGGACUAUAACUGGGACUCUCACUAACCCGCGGGCGAGGCUUUGGAUAUUUUCCUUCUUGCCACGGCCCACUAGCAAAAAAAGCCGAACCGCCAUGCCAUUUCCAGAACCAUGAACCGCCUCGUAACAGUCGGGUUAUCCCGAGCCUCAGUCGUGGUAAGAGGGGGAUGCGACACUCCCGUCUGCAGAUAAGACGGAGCUGGAACAGGCCUAACCCAUAACCAAUCAUGUUAGCAGUUUGGGCAGCACUGCCGAUCUGCUUCCCCAACAGUUACCCGCAUCCGUCCCACCUCUCGAGGCGUUAACAUUUUCUGUAGAUAGCCUGGCCUCCCCUCCCCUCAUCCCACUCCUAUCCCUAUCCCGUCAAAUCGUGCGGAUCGAGAUUUGAUUUCUCAACUAUUGACUGCGGAGGGCUCAUAAAAGUAGAUUAGCGUCAUUAUUGCGACUGCACAUUGCCGAAAUGGAAGCUCUGGCUGCAGGUCGGGCUGGUCAGCAACGUCCUCCAAUUCGUCAGCAUGGGAUAUAGGGUAUUAUCCGCAUCAAAGGAUAUGUAUGGAGCCGGCAACGAAUCGAGCCAGUCAAACAAGGACGUCGAGUUUAUCACCAGGGAGAUGAAACGCCUAAAUCUAAGCCUAGAGGAGGAAUUCCCGACGCUGUGGAUGACAGGUUAAAGAAGAGGCUCUACGGAGACUAACCGCGGAGUGCAGAAGGUGGUCUAACGAUAUGCUUGCACUGCUCAACCGUCUGAAGAACGAAAAUCCCAACAGCAGGCUCGAGGCGUUCAGAGCGGCUUUGCGGAAUCACAGGAUGAGGCACGAGAGGGAUCGACUUGAAAGAGGCCCCAACAGUUGUCGGAAGCAACUCGAUCUCCAGAUAGCUAGUAUGUCUAGGUAGGUAUAGUAGCGAGAAGGUUCUAUGUAUAUGGAGAUUCUACGGCAUUAGUUGACCGGUUAUGAUUAUGAUAGGUCAGAUAUCAUCAGAGGGCUUCAGGAAUUGAUCACGUCAGCGAAUUCAACUAACCAAGAU